CGCGAACUUGCCGCUGGAUAAAUAAAUUCGUGCUUUCAACCGGAAGAGCAUCCUUCACACACCCUCUGAAUUCGAUCUCGAUGAUCGUGAUGGAAAGAGGCACGGGUGCGCCAAACAAAGUGAGAUUCAUAUUACGUAAAUUUCGUAAUAUUUCUACGAUUCUUAUACCGUCUGGGAAAUCGUAAUUGUUAGUGCCUAUUAUUAAAUUCUUUUUUAAAUAUUUUCAGUAUUUAUAUGUGUAUCUGUAUCUGUAUAUUCAGCGUGUGUGUAAAUGUGACUGCAGACAUUGUCUUCUUGAUAGAGACCAAUGAAACAAACGAAUAAAAUUACAUCCGAAGAUCCAAUUAACGAAACAUUACGCGAAACGAUCGUAACGUUGAUUCAAUUUUCCUAAGCGUAGAACCUCCUUAAUUACUCAAGCUGGAUGUAUCGUCAUGAUUAUUCAAUGUUGCAUACUGAAAGUAAUUACAUGAGAGAAAGAGGCCAAACGAUCCAAUAUACUAAUUCCAAUCAGGUUCAGAAACAUGGGUCAAUCAACGUCUGAUAAAAAACAUGUACGUUAAAUAUUCAAAUUGUAUAUACUGGCUCUAACCUGUUUGAUUCGGUGCUUAUUACAGUGCUCAUAUUACUUGAAUGGAUUUUACAAGUGCACCAUUUAUUUACAGUAAGGUGCGAGCAGUACGAUUGUGUCAACUUUGUCACGUUAAGAUUGUCAAGAUUGUCGAUCACUAAUUGAUCUGUGAAAUAAUUUUCCCAGAAAUACUAAUCAAACGCAUUUUUCAAAACUGUCGAAAAAGAGCUCAGUCACAAAUUUCUGGACACUAAGAUUCUUUGUUGCAUUUCAGCGAAUACGAAAAUCUUCAUUAACCUAUUGCAUAAGAUCAUUAUUUAAAAAAAAAAAAAAAAA